AUGCAGAAGAUUCCUUACGCUUCGGCUAUGGGGAGUCUAAUGUAUGCUCAGGUAUGUACACGUCCGGAUAUUGCGUACAUUGUUGUCAUGUUAGGCAGAUAUCUAAGUAACCCUGGAAUGGAUCAUUGGAGAGCAGCCAAGAGGGUUAUGAGAUAUUUACAGAGAACAAAAGAGUACAUGCUUACAUAUAGGAGAUUGGAUCAGUUAGAGUUCAUUGGGUAUUCCGACUCUGACUUUGCUGGAUGCCAUGACAGCAGAAGAUCCACAUCAGGCUAUAUUUAUCUGUUGGCUGGUGGAGCAAUUUCAUGGAGGUCUGCCAAACAGACACUCGUAACUUCAUCCACCAUGGAAGCAGAGUUUGUAGCAUGUUAUGAGGCAUCCAAUCAAGGAAUAUGGCUACGAAAUUUUGUCACUGGGCUGUGUGUUCUGGAUGAAAUAAAGUAUUCAUUUUAUUGCACUCUGUUAAAUUAUGCUAAAGAUUUGAUCUCAAUAAAGUUAAGUAGGACUAAUUGGAAAUAG